AUGUUACCUUCAAAGAUAAGAUUGAUAAAUAGGAGUAGUUUACGUUCAUUUGGUACAAAAUCAUAUAUAAAACAACAAUCACAAGAAUCACAACAACCAAUAGAUUUAAAAAUUGAGGAAGAAUCAUCAACAAAUAAGUUUAAAAGUAAAACUUCAUGGCAAGAAACAUUUGCAUCUGAAACAUUGGAAACUACAGAAGAUGAUUUAAAUGAUUCAUUUUCUAAAAUUACAGAAGAAUUAAAACCAGAAAAUCCACCUGUUCAUAUUUCAUCACAAUUUACUAAAAGAUUUUAUAUGGGUAAUACUUAUAAUCCAUUUGAUUUUUCAUUAACUAAAAUUAAAAUGGAUAAAAUGUUAUAUCAAAAAGAUGUAGUUAAUAAGAAAGUUGAUAUUUUUGAAGAAACAGGUAUUAACCCAAAAGAUUUAUAUUUCAUGCCUGAAAUUUUAUCAAAAUUUUUAACAUCAACAGGUCAAAUUUUGCCAAGAGAAGAAACUGGUUUAAAUGAAAAAAAUCAUAGAUUAUUAGGUACUGCUAUUCAAUCUGCAAGAAGUUUAGGUAUUUUAUCAACUGUACAUAGAUAUUCAACUCAUUUACCAACUCGAAAUAUAUAA